AUGGCGCGUCCAAAAACAGUUCGCGCCCCGACAACAGCCAGUCUUCCAAACAACCUCCGCAUCCCCUCAUCGACCCCCUCGCUCUCAAAAAACCUCGGCAAGCUAUCCAGACAAGCUCUACUAGAUCUGGCAUUCUUAUGGCUCAACGACCGCAACAUUGCCUCAUUCCCACCUUACCUACAACACGAUGAAGAAGUCGCACCAGAUGAAGACGAAGCCCUACCCUACCCCGCCGCAGCGACAAUCGAGGAAGUGCGCCAGGCAUAUGAAGACCUCCAAGAUCGAAAGGGCGGCAAGCGCGAAGUCCUCGAACGGAUCCUUGAAGGCGAUUGGCGACAUGGAAUCACAUUGCGACAACUAGCAAUGGCAGAUCUACGCUACAUGGACGACCACCCAGCCAGUCUUCGAUGGACAGCAUUGGAACUCAGUCGUAUCGACACGAAACAGAAAAAACCCGAAGAAACACCAUCAGCCAAGUGGUCCGGUUCGGUUCCGCGCAUGCAAGCUGCAACAUUCGUUCAAAGCCUCCAACGGGAAAUCUCCCCGCUCGUCAAAGCACAUUACCAUCUCGGCCGCUCAGGAACACUUCCUUUAACAAUCCUGCGGAUAUUCGUCGUUGACUCGCCAUAUCAAUCUCCACGACAGGCAGCUGAGAUCUUCACUGAAUCCUCGCGUGUCAUCUACGUCGCUUUCCCGGAUAGUUGUCCAUUCGUGUAUACAUCCAUUGCGACAUCUACAGGAUCGAAAGCAGCUCCAGCAGCUAGCUCUGUUACAACUGACACACGAACCCUUCAGCGCCUGGUGCGCGAUUCUAUACCCAAAGCUCUUUCCAGACCACAGGAACGAUUCACCCUGAAGGCUACAUCGCUGGCAGCAAAGAAUCUACCAACACUCCUUGCACUCCGUGGCCCUGGACGCUCAGCAUUUGCAAAUGGAGCAUACAGUAUCUUUGCUGAUGCGGUCAUUGAAGGGAGCCCCCUUGAUCCACGACCUUCAAAUACAGUCACGCCAGAAGAGCAUAUCAAAACAAGUCACCAAUCUCCCACAGAAGAAGGAAUUGAAAAAGAAAACGGCAGUACUGGAGAAGUCUCCUCAAAGCGCAAAUCCACGGGGAAUGAAACAGCAUUCCUGUCUCCAACCUCAAGGAAACGCCGCCUGGCUAUCCAUUCCAGAUUUGGAACGUCGGGUUCAUCACUAGCUCCCGCGCCACUGGACCGUCUUGACGUCCGUCUCCUCGACAAGGUACGUGCGGGGAAUGAAGAUGAAGCCAAUGAGCCAUCCGCCUCAACGUUACCGGCUGUAUCCCUAAACUUCGCCGGCUCAGAUGUCAUCACUGGUAUCCGCAAGCUCGCAGAGCUAGGUAUCAUCGAUCCAGAACGUAUGCCAUCAUGGAUGACAGGCGACGAGGGUAUAAGUGUAGCGACUAUUCAACAAGGUCGACGGCUGUAA